AUGAAGCACGGAAAGAAGCGCCGCCAAAUCUGGAGACCUCGGAGGCCCUCGGAGGCCUCGGAGGCCUGGGUGCUGAGUGCUGGGAGCUUGGGGCAUCCGGAGCUUUGCCAGCGCCCGUGCUUGCAUGUCGUGGUCGGGAGGCACUGUGAGGCGGGUGAUGCAUGCAACCAUUGCCACCUUCCGCACGGCCGAGGCCAGAAGAUGGACAAGCGGCAGCGCCGCAUCCUCGAAGAGAUGCCCAAGGCCGACUUCCUCCGUUUGGCCCUCCAGCUGCUCGAGGACAAGGCCCGCACCAUGGAGCUUGGUGGCACGGAGGUUCUCUUCGGCAUCUUGGAAGGCGAAGUGCAUCCUCCAGGCACGCCGGCGCCAGCUGGGGCCCCCUCAUGCAGCCUACCGAAGGGGAUGAUGCGCUGCUUGCGCGCCAUGGGCUUCCGCAACGUGGCAAGCCUGGCUGCGCGGAAGUGCGCGGAGGGUGCCAAGAUCCGUAUCCGUGAGGCGAUGCAGGCCUUGCGGGCGCGUGUGUCUGAGGGGCAAGCUGAUGCAAGCUAUUCAGACUCAGAUGAGACAUGUUAA